AUCGUGAAUCGCUCUUCCUACAAUCUCGCCUCGCCCGAUGACGACUCGUUUUUUUCCAAAGUAGUCCGGCAGACUGCCAAGACUAUUCGCAAGUUCAAGAGUAAGGACGGCGGAACAGAAAGCUGGCGUUCAGCGAUUCAGCGGGUCAAACUGAUGGGUAAGGAGGCACACGAGAUGGCAAAACGACGAAAGGCGAUGAAAAAACGGCUCCGAGAAAUGAUUGACAACACUCCGGAUGAGUUCCAGGAUCCGAGGAAACCAUUAGUCAUGGACCAGCUGGAAAUGGAAGAUCAAGAAAAGGCGAGGAAAAAGAGGAUAGGUAUGGAGAAAAAAGAAGAGAUCCGAAUACCGAUGAAAAUACUUCGCGAAUCGAUCAAGGUAUUUUUCUAUUAA